AGCCUGCGAGUGUUCAAGCACUAACAUUUACAGGGAAGCCGAGAAAAAAAAAUAGAUCUAUAGAAUUUUUUUCCUCAGAUUUUGGAAACAUUUCGCAUUUUAUAGUGAGCAUGAAGUGAUGAUUUUUCUACGUUGGAUUUAUUCAUUUUAAUGCAACUUUGAGUUAUUGGUGCUGUGUGAAAAAAUUAAGGCUUUAAUGCUUUUGUCGUGAUUGUAGGAACAAUUGCUUGAAGAAAGAGAAAUAUUUUUUUUUUCUUGUGUGAAUAAUAUUUUUCUCAUGACGUGCUUGUUUGGAAGAUAUCGAAAGUACGCUCUGAAGGAUAAUUGGGGUGACAAAAAGGGCACUAAUCCAUUAACUGGAAAAUUCACCAAAGGAAAAAUGGAUUUUCUGGAUUCAUCUGAUAUUUUGAAAUUAUGUGAAAGUUUGUACAAGAAUUCUUCUAAAGUAUUCCAGCAGGAAGCAAAUAAAAUACUUAUGAAAAAAUCAUGUGCUGAAGAAGCUCUUGUUCUUUUUCUUACUGAAGGUCAAAGUGAACUCACAUGUGAGGUGGUCGGUUGUAAAAUUCUGAGUGAAGAAAUAAAAUUAUCCGUAGAAAACUCCCCUUUCCAAAGAGUUUUAGAAAAGAAAACUAGUCAGAUUGUUAAUAAAGCGAAGUUUUGCCUGGGAAACAACAACAGCUUCAGUCUUCAUGUUGACUCAAUUUUAUGCGCUCCAUUAUUUAAUUCAAAUGCUGAAGAUACAGUUACAAGCCUUCUUUGUCUUAUUAAUAAGAAAAAUUUCACAGUUGAAGAUCUUGAGAUGACAAAAACUUGGGCAAAAUACAUAGCUCCUCUUUUGUUAAGAUGUCGUCAGUAUGAAGAUGAAAGAAAAAUUCGGAAGCAAGCACAAUCUUUGCUACAAGUUAUCAAGACACUUUUGGUACAAAUAGAUAAUGUGAAUUUGCUUUUAAAGGAAGUGAUGACUGAAGCUAGAAAAUUAACUGGAGCAGAAAGAUGCUCAUUAUUUCUUCUUGAUAAAGAAGAAAAUGUCUUAGUUGCAAAAGUGUUUGAUGGCAAUAGUACUGAAGAUCUCAAUGAAUGCCCAAAAGAUAUAACAAUUCCUGUGACUGAAGGCAUUGCUGGUCAUGUGGCUAUGACCGGUGAAAUUUUGAACAUUAGUGAUGCAUAUGAGCAUCCUUUGUUUUAUCGCAAAAUUGAUGAUACCACAGGAUUUAAAACUAGGAAUAUUUUGUGCUUCCCGAUUCAAGAUGAUAAUGGUGCAAUUAUAGGUGUUGCAGAAUUAUGUAAUAAAAUCAAUCGCAGGAACUUUACAUCAUUUGAUGAAGAAAUUGCUAGUACAUUUUCAGUUUAUUGUGCCAUUUGUAUCAUGCAUUCUUUGAUGUGGAAAAAAGUUCGAGAUGCACAGUCCCGUAGUCGUUUGUCAAAUGGUUUAAUAAUGCAGUCAAAGGUCUCGGAAGAAGAAUUUUUACGAUUGAGGAGUCAAAUGAGUGGAGCAAAUUGUAUCACUGAGAACUUCCGUAGUUUUAGUUUUAUUCCAAGACUGCUAAGUGAUUCUGAAGCAGCUCAUGCAGCUCUUGGAAUGUUUGAAGACUUAGGUUUCUCAAGUUUCUGGAGAUUACGGAAAAGUACACUAAUAAGGUUUAUCAUCACAGUUAAACAAGGUUAUCGUGAUCCACCCUAUCAUAACUGGAAACAUGGUUUUUCUGUUGCACAUUUUUCUUAUUUAUUGCUAAAAAACUUAAAAUUGAUGGACAACCAGAUAAGUGUUUUAGAAGGUUUAUGUCUUUUUGUUUCAUGCUUAUGCCAUGACUUGGAUCAUCGAGGUACAACAAGUUCUUUUCAAGUUACUUCUAAAUCUGUGCUUGCAGCUCUUUACAGUUCUGAAGGGUCUGUUUUAGAGAGGCAUCAUUUUGCGCAAACAAUGGCCAUUUUACAUACUGAAGGAUGCAAUAUAUUUGAAAAUCUUUCCGAAGCAGAGUUCAAGCAAUGUUUGGAUUAUAUAAGGGAUAUAAUUUUAGCCACAGACUUAGCUCAUCACUUUCGGAUUAUAAAAGACAUUAAAAAAGUUUUAAGUGAGGGAUAUGACUGUUCUAAUCCGGAGCAUCACAAUAUUCUUUUGUGCCUUAUGGUUACUUCAUGUGACUUAUCUGAUCAGACUAAAGAUUGGUCAAAUACUAAAGAAAUAGCUAAACUUAUCUAUAGAGAGUUCUUUUCACAAGGUGAUCUUGAAAAGGCAAUGGGUGUUAUGCCUAGUGAAAUGAUGGAUAGAGAAAAGGCUAGAAUACCUCGUUUACAAAUUAAUUUUCUGGAACAGGUUGUUUUACCUGUUUAUGAGCUUUUGUCAGGAUUCUUUCCAGAUUUACAAAUGCUUGUAGACAUAAUCAAUCAACAUAAAAAACAGUGGGAUAAAGUGGAAGAAGUGUUUGCCAAUCACUUGGAAAGUAGCAAUUUAGAACCCCUUGAAUUUCUUGAUGAUGACCGAGUAGAUAAUGCUGCAAUGUCUGUCUGAUUUGCUAUUUCAAAUGUUCUGUUUGCAUAAAUGCCCUUUGUUCAUAAAUUUAAAUACCUGUUUCAUGCUUUCAUGAGUUUUUUUUUUUUAUUUAGGUCCUUUAUAACACAUUUUCAUUAUUUUAUAUUGCAUGAUUUAAUUUAAGAAAUGCAUUGAUAGUUUAGCUUGUUGUUGCUUUUGUAGAGAAAUAUUUUUAGAUCAUAGUUUAUAACAAGAUCAUGUAUAUUUUUUCUUGAAUAAUUUCUACAAAUAUGUAAUGUAGUUAUUUGUAUGCAUAGUUCAUUUUGUUUGGAACUUCAAAAAUCUGCAACAAGCAUCCUGUUUUUCUUAUUUUGCAUUACAUUAUUGUAAAUACAUUUAUGAAUGAAAUAGUCAUCACUCUGAUACCUGUUAAAUAGUGCAUAAUUUUCUGAUGAUAUCUUUCUUGGGGGCUACUGUUCUGCAACUGGAUUAUACCAAUUACAGUUUAAAUAUUCUUAAUCAAAAAUUAAACUUUUUUUUAGCCGACCUACUAAAUUCACUACAAUGUGCAAAAAACAAACAAAAAUUUAAUUUUAUGUCAGAUUUUUAGGUUUUUUUUUAAUAUAAAUUUUUUAAUUUUAUCAAUGUAUUUCAGUAAAACACUCCAGCUUAUGUUUGUUUAAAUCUUUAUAUAUUAUCUGGGUUACAGAUGUAGGAAUGUGCCAUUUGAUUUAUUUUGUUUUUUGAAAACAAUUUGCUCAAUAAUAUGUUAGAUAUUAAUUUUCUCUUAAGAUAUAAAUUCAAUGCAUUUAACAUUACUUGUUAGGUUUUUUUAAAUGAAAAAGCAGAGCAAUUAGAAAGUUUUAUCUUGCAAUUUACUGCAUGUUUAAUUUAUAUUUUUGUUAGGUAUUUAUGCAACCUAAAUUAAAAAAUGUGUAACUAUUCUAAGGGAAUUCUAAGUUUUAUUAAAAUAUUUUGAGCAGUUAAGUAUCUGCAUGUUUAGAAAAUAUAGCAAGUAAAAUAGUACUUUGCUUAUCCUGCUUAUAUAUAUUAUUUUUAUAAAAAAUAUAGAAUGAAUUAUAUGUCUUUUUAAUUUUAUUUUGUGCUAAUUAGUUUAUUGAAUGCAGUUUUUUUCAGCCUUAAUGGAUUGUAUUACUUUUAAAAUCAGGAUAAUUUUUAUCAGUAAUAGGGAUGCAUUUACUUUUAUAGUUAAUUUAAAUAAGAGUUGAAUAACUUAAGAAUACACUUUGCUUUAAAAAGCAAAUUUAUUAAUCUUAUUUAGAUAAGUAAAUUUGCUUUUUAAAGCUCUUCAUUCAAUGAUUUAUAUAUUUUAACAUGAAUAUAUUUCACAUGAAAAUAAUGGAAAAUGUUUAUGUGCUUGGAACAUAGUUACUGAUUUCUCAUAUCCAUGCUAAGCAUUCAACAACUUUCAUUUAAAUUCAUUGCUGCAUUGACAUUUCUUUCUUAUUUGGGUUAUUUCAUAUUUAUUGAAGCAUUCGAUUUUAUGAGCUAAAGUUAAUUGAUGUGAAAUGUAUCUUUCUUAAACACUUCCUUUACAUUGUUAUGUUAUUAUGAACAUUAGUGCUUAUUUAUCAUUCUUAAGAAUUUAGUAAUGUUCAAGUUUUCCAACAGAUUAUGAACUAAAACAUUCGAUGAAACUUUUAUUGUUUAUAUACCUCAUUUCUUUACACUUAUGAUUAUUUUGGAGUGAAAGAUUGUAGAUCAAUUUCAUUUUAGUUUUUCUUUUCGGAAAUAUAAUAUUUGUAUAUAAAUGUUGAGUUUAAUUUAUUUUUGUGCUCUUAUGAUAGUGCGCUUUUAGGUUGUGACAUUGCCAACACAAUUUGUCAUAAAAGAAUUUAUUCUUAUUGACUUGAUAGAGAAUAAAUAUAUUCUUGUUACAUUUUUAAAGUAGAUUUUAUUGACUUAUUUCAUGUUCCCAUGUAAUCAUUGCAUCCAGCUGCACUUGUUAGUUUUCACACUUUUUUGUUGUUGUGAUUUAGAUAUUUUCUUUUAAAUAACCCAUAUAACUGAAACAAUACUAAGGUUAUAUGUGUUUGACCUACUCCAUUAUGUUCAAUUAUUGAUCUCAUUUUCAAAUGCUGAACAAAUAUUACAUUUUAUUUUGUUAUUCCUUUUAUUAAGUUUGUUAAUUUUCUAAGUGACCUAAAAAUUCUAUUAUUUGCAUUUAACUUAAUAUUAGCUAUACAUGCAUUCAAUCUGAAAGUAGAACUUUUAAAUAGAAUGUUUGGAUUGCAUCAAAAAUAUUUUUUUCUCAUUUCUGUUUUUUUAUGAUAUGGAUAUUUUGUAUUUGAUGCAUAUAAAAAUAUGUUCUAUAAAAUAUUAACUAAUUCGUAUCUUGAAAAUUGGGAUUCAUUUUCUUGAAUGAUUUUUGCCCAUUAUAACUUUUAUCAUGAAACUAUUAAUGCUAGAUAAAUUCCACUGUUAUAAUUAUUAUAAAUAUGUUAAUUUAGUCCUUAAAUUAAUAAUUUUAUUAUUUAAUUUAUUGUUAAUUCGUAGAAAAUAUUGCGACUGCCAAAUUUGUUUUAAAUCUUUCUCCCAAAUACUUAUAUUAUAGUAAUAUUGUGGAAAUACUUCUUGGAAAUUCUUACAGUGUCAACCAAAAUAUUUGUAUUUUGAAUUUCCUGACAGAAUUUGUUUAUCAUUGUUGCAGUUUCUUUUAUAUCUGUUAUUGCUUUCCCUAUAUUAUGUGCUAUUUUGAAUUAAUGGUUUUUUAGUACAAAAAUAUAUAUUACGGGGCCUGAUUUCUGGAAAUUCUAAAAAUGAUGCAUAUUUAAUGCAUUGCCAGUAUACACUGAAUAAUGAGUAUUUGUUUAAAAUUAGUUUGUGAAACUUUGGACUGUUUAUAAGAGUUUAUUGUAAUAAACAGAGUAUAGUGUACAUAGUUUAUGUAUUGAAAUUAUUGCACUGAUGAAUAAUGAUCUGAUUUGUAUACAUCAAAACUCAUACUGAAAUAUAUUUUACAAAACCUAG